UUUCCUCUUGCUUCGUCUUGCUCCUUCUUCUUCGAUCCCGAUCCGAUCAACCAUGUCGAAGCGAGCUCAUACGACAGAGCUGGGCAGCAUAGCUUGCGAAGAGCUCGGCGAGCUCGGCGCGGGCAAGGAGGGCUGGCUCGUCGACAACCCGAGCCUCCUCUGCGCCCUUGACACCCACUCCCUCGCGCUCGCCAACCGCUCCGUUAUUGUGGUUCUAGGGUGGGCCGAGCCAGACUCGACCCGGCUCAAGAUCCGACCCGAAUUGUCCCCGAUCUCGGCGGAGUUCGUCACGGCUAUAGAGUGGUUGGUGUUUGAUGAGAUAAGGGUCGUCGUGGCGGGGACUUCGUCUGGCUCCCUCCUCUUUUUCUCUUUGGCUGGUCAUUUAAUUCAUAAACAGAUGGUAUAUCCUGCACGGAUUAUAAGGUUGAGAGUGCGUGGAACGAAGAGAGAUUUGAGCCAUGAAACAUCCUCGGAGGAGGUUUGUGUUGUUAUGCCAGGCAUAGUCGCCCGUUUUGAUGGUUCUGAUAUUCAGAAUAUGCUGCACCAGUGGUUUCAAGAAACACAGUCUCAGUUUUGGGAUCCAAACCCCAGAAAGCGAAGCUCAGAUGAUUUUGGACGUUCUUAUGGUAAAUUACCUUACCAGUUAUGGAGUGUCAGCAAGUAUGGUACCUGUGCUGAUGCAGCAAUUACUGGCAUUAUGCCUCCACCACUGAUGGAAAUCCAGUCAAGUGAACAUUAUUACUGUGGAAUCACUGUUGGAGAGGAUGCCGUGAUUUCUGCCUUCAGACUUUCAGAAGACAAAAAUAGGUCUUUGGUGGGAGCUAUCUUGUCUAAAGUUGUGCCUGCAACAUUUUCGACAAUAGCUUCAUUGUCAAAAAUGAUUUGGCGGAGUGACCAGACUUCACCUAGAAAAUCAGAUGAGAAGCCUCAACCAUUUGCACGAGCUUCACCAUUGACAUGUUUGAAGGAUUUCCCAAGAAAGGGUGAGAAGCUUACCUUAUCACCUAGUGGCACGUUGGCUGCAAUUACAGAUUCACUUGGUCGUAUAUUGCUUUUAGACACUCAAGCACUUGUUAUAGUGCGGCUCUGGAAGGGAUAUCGGGAUGCUAGUUGCCUAUUCAUGGAGAUGCUGGUAAGAAAAGAUACUGCAGCUUCCGGUUCUAGUUAUUAUGAACCUACGAAGAGUGAUUACUGCCUGUGUUUGGCUAUUCAUGCCCCUCGGAAAGGAAUUGUUGAGAUUUGGCAGAUGAGAACUGGACCGAGGCUUCGAUCAUUUCAGUGUGCCAAAGGAAGCAAACUACUGCAACCUACCUACAGAUUUGGAUCAUCAAUAGCCUCUACUUAUGCCCCUUUGGAGGUUUUCUUGUUGAACGGUGACUCUGGUCAAAUAUCAGUUUUAAAUCGAACUCUUAAUUGAGUGUAAAUAUCAGAGAUGUGUAAAUCUUAUUGUGUAAUGAAAUGAUGAUAUUUUUCAAGGAAUGAAAUCAAUUCUA